ACAGUGUGGUUGACAGGGUUGCGUGGUAUCGCCGCUCUCAUCGUCGCCUUCACCCACUUCUUCGAAGGAGAACUCAAUGCCGGGUUUCGUGGAUACUAUGCUAAGCCACCCGAGAACAAUCGAUAUUUUUUUCAAGUUCCCUUGAUUCGCAUCGUAUUUGCUGGACAAGGGAUGGUAGCAAUAUUUUUUGUCAUUUCCGCCUACUCAAUAUCCAUCAAACCGAUACGUAUGCGGGAUUAUGGACCCAAAGAAGAAUUCUUCUCCUAUCUAUCUUCAGCGACAUUUCGAAGGGGCUUCAGACUCUACAUACCGACGUUUGCUAUGGAAGCGAUAGCACAUACUGCGGCAAUCCUCGGGCUGUACCAUUGGCCACCAAAAGAUUCUAUGGAUCGCUCAUUGUGGAGAGCAAUUGUUUCUCAGGGAAACUAUAUGCUUGGAGCUUUGAAUCCGAUAGCGUCUACAAAGGUUGAACCGAUGAAUGGGCAACUGUGGACUAUACCUCUAGAAUUCUUUGGCUCCUGUAUCGUUUUUUUGACGAUCCUCUGCACGGCAAACUUGCGAGCAUCAUCCAGGCCCAUGAUUACAGCAAUGCUUGCCCUUUUGGGCUUCUGGAACUCGAGCUGGCUACUUUUCACCUAUAUGUGCGGCUUGACUAUAUGUGAGGUACGCACAAUUCUUGACAAUCGCGACGUCUCUUGUCGGAACAGGGAGAAACAGAAUACAAAAUUCGGUGCAUUGAGUCUCGCAAACGGAUGGUUGCUUCUGUUUGGCUUAUACCUUCUGGGCUUACCGGAACAUCCCGAGAGCAAUCCUUUCAGUGAUGAAUAUCUAUGGCUCAGAAAUAUCGCUGGUAACGGGUAUCAGAUAGAUGAUAUCGCUCAGCUCUGGAGAAGUCUAGGGGGGGCCCUGUGUGUUUUUGCGAUCAGCAACUCUUCAACUCUCCAGGCCCCGUUUAUGACACCCACCGCCCAAUAUCUCGGGAAAAUAUCGUUUGGAUUAUAUCUAGUACACCUUAUGAUAUAUCAGAUGUGGCGAAAUCCGGUUUUAAGGUUUUUUGGGUUGUGGGAUGGGACAAACUCCGCUGCCACUCAGUGGAUUUCAUGGAGUGGAUCUGGACUGGUCCUAACGCCAGUUGUACUCUUGACCGCCGAUGUCCUCACAAAAACUAUUGACAAUAACUCCAUUUACUUCUCAAGAUGGGUAGAGAAUUUUUUUCAAUAA